UUUUGAUCAUGGGGACUGCGCACGCGUUGUCCCUGUUUUUCUUUUAUUUUCAUACUAUUAGAAAAUGGCGUAUGGACAAAGCUGAAUGCAGUCCGGAGCCAGAAAAGAACUACUACUACUACUACCAGUAUUACUAUAUCCAAGGGAAUACGAACCAUUAGGAGUGAUAAUCAUUAAAUAGUUUUUCGGCUGAUCAUUGAUUCAUUAUAUCUUUAAAAAUAUUUUGUCAAAUGGCUUAUUUGUGUGUGUCACAAUUAACUUCUUACACAAUGCAAAACAUUCGACAAACUUUAACAUCAUACAACAGUUUAGCAAAAAUAUGUGUCAGAUAUGCUUCCAAAAAGGCAAGUACUAGUACUAGGAUCAAACCUGGACAUCCUAGACCAAAACAUAGAGGAUGGAAAGUACAAGACGGACAUAAUGUACAGUCAAGCCAUAUAUUAGUCACACAAUUAAAAGCCAGGUUUCAUCCAGGUCUUAAUGUUGGCUUUGGACAAAAUGGAACUUUAUAUGCUAUAGAACCUGGGAAAGUAAUGAUAACCUGUGAAAAAAUUGAUCCUAAUUUCAAACAUUUCUGGGCUAGGAAAGCUUAUGCUGGUCGUGAGAAUCAAGUUAUAUAUAAGAAAUACUUUAAUGUUAUUCCUGAACCACAACACAAUCGAUUUAAAUUAAUAAGUACAUUAUAAAUAAUCUUAUAAGAAUUAUGUUAAAAGAAUGCCUUAAGCUAUAGUAGAGUAAUAAAUAUAUUGCUAAUCAUA